GAAAUAUGGCAUCAAUUAAACAGAAGCCAUAUCGAAUUCCUCCAGACGCACAGGAAUUCCUACAAAAAGAAAUAUCAAAAAUGGAGAGGUUAGAUAUAAUUCAAGCUGUGGAAGGACCUUGGGGAUCACUGGUAGUUAUA